AUGGUUCACAUCAAUAUGUUAAAAAAAUUAAUGUGUGUUCUUGUGGUGAUACUGGUAGCGCUGACAAUUUGCCUGUGGAGAGAGACGAGAAGAAGCUACUAUGGUCCUUUCAAGACUGACAUUGAUGACUUACAGACUUCAGAAAAGUGGAACCCACUUAAAUCACAGGGCCUUUUUCGUGAAGCAGCCAGUGAACUGAGGGAGAUACCCAAAAUCUGGUUUGGUAAUCACAACAAAGUAAAAGGCAGCACCUUGGGAACAUAUGAGAAGUCCAAGAAAAUAUCAGACUCUAUGAAGGUAUGGGAUAAGGACAGUUCAUCCAGGAAUCUCAUACCCAGGCUGCAGAAGGUCAGAAAAAACUACCUGUCCAUGAACAAGUACAACGUGACUUACAAGAGGAAGAGGAAUGCUGCUAAACUCAGCCCAGAGAAGCUGCUCUGCCAGCUACGGGACAGGGUGAACAUCACCAUGAUACAGGGAUCGGACAGUCCUUUUGAUACCUCUGAAUGGCAGCAAUACCUACCAGGGAAAAGCCUCAAUGAAACAGUGGGCCACCUGGGUCACUGUGCUGUCGUGUCCUCAGCAGGGUCUCUGCGAUCAUCUCAUCUGGGACAAGAGAUAGACAGCCAUGAUGCCAUCUUGCGAUUCAACGGGGCUCCUAUCAAGGGGUUUGAAGAAGAUGUGGGGCAAAAGACAACCAUUCGUCUUGUGAACUCCCAGCUUGUAACUGUCGAGGAGCAGCAGUUCCAGCGAGAAGCACUAUAUAACACUGGAAUACUAAUUGUCUGGGAUCCAGCACCAUAUCAUGCAGAAAUUCAUGAGUGGUACAAGAAACCAGACUACAACUUUUUUGACAGCUAUAAAUUGUAUCGCAGCACACAUCCAGAGCAGCCCUUUUAUAUCCUGAAUCCAAAAAUGCAGUGGCAACUCUGGGAUAUUCUGCAGGAGAAUUCCCCGGAGCAAAUCCAGCCUAAUCCACCAUCGUCAGGAAUGCUUGGCAUUGUGAUCAUGAUGACACUGUGUGACAAAGUGGAUGUGUACGAGUUUCUCCCUUCCAAACGGCAGACUGACAUUUGCCACUAUUACCAGAAGUUUCACGACCGUGCCUGUACCAUGGGAGCUUACCACCCCCUCCUGUUUGAGAAAAACUUGGUGAAGCAUAUAAACCAGGGCACAGACGAGGACAUCUAUAUCCAUGGGAAAGCUACUUUGCCCGGCUUCCGGAAUGUGCGUUGCUAG